AUGGAGAACUCAUCAAAGAAAAAUAGGUUAUUGCGGUACGCGUUUGUGUAAAGAAAAAACAGAAAUUAUUGGAUUGGAGGACUUUUCUCUUUUGUCUAUUAUGCCAGCCAGGUUUAGAAUGAUCUCCCUUGGCACUAAGAGCUCUUUUACAGACUAUAAUGAGUCAGGCCUCUCAACAGUAUACUCUGCUCUUAUGGAAUUCAAUCACUAGUAGUAAUACACUCAUUAGACAUUGCCAGGCAUGAAAGGAGCUCAUAAAAUCUAAUCCACACCUAUUUUUUUUAAGAUUACAUUUUUGCUAAACUUAUCUAAUGCAGCUUGUAAUAUUCUUUACUGGUUUUCCGCGCAAUGUGUCUUGUUUUCAUUCAGGGGAAGUUCUCCUCCAAACAGCUGGGUGACAUUACUGGCAUCUGCCUGAGCCACACCGCCAAGGAUGGGAAGGAGGUGAGAGGAGAGACAUUCUGGCAGAUGGAGGAGGUCGUCUUCAUAGAGAAAGAGCUAAACAACAGGUGA